GUUCCAGAUUCUCUCAGCUGAGGUUGGAUGUUGCUUGUAAAAAAGUGGCUACUCUUAUGUGCUUGGGGUUUCUGCUGUACGGCCAUAUCACAUCUGUCUUCCUUUCGGUGACUCUUGACACCGCUUUAGGAGAGGUAGUUUCUCUUUUUCCUGCACACCGACUUCUGCAUCGGGAGAUCCAAAUCUAGAGUCAAACCAGGAAGAUCUGUGUCUGUGAGAACAUGAUGGAGAGGAACAGGCACGACAGUGAAAGAUCUUCCUUAUCUUCCUCUUCCUCCACCUUGGAGUAUCAUGACUUAGAGGCUGCAGAGGUUCUUGUGUGCAUGAGCUCUUGGGUUCAAAGGUCACACAAGCCACGCCCACUCACCCCCACCUCAGACUCCUGUGACUCUGUGACCCUGCACCCUGAAAUUCUUGAAUCCCCCAAAGAUCUGGUUUCAUUGUCCUCGCUGUGCAUGACACCCCCUCAUAGCCCAAGCUUUGCCGAGACCUCCACCACCACCUCUGCUGUCCUGACCACCACUGCUCCAGUGGCUGCUGGUCUGGGCCUGAACCCUGUUUUCUCACGGCCCCGGCUCUGUUCCACCUUUUCCACCAGCAGUCCUACACACAUCAGUUUACAGUCUGGAUCAACCAGUCCCACCACCCCCCCGGUCUCCAUCCCUCCAAAUUCAGCUUCCCACGUGCACACAGAGCAACCUUGUAGAGCUAUGGUGACAAGUGUGAUCCGACAUACUGCAGACACUUCCCUGGUUCAACACAUUCCACCUGUGACCGUUGGACCAGAGCACACAUCCAGCCCAGCCCCUCAGACAGAGUCUAAUCUAAGCCUGACUACUUCUCCCCACUCAGAAAUACCCAUGGAGACAGAAUCGCCUAAUCUGAGUAACUCAUGUGCUGUUGCUGAAAAGUCCAGUGAUGCUCCCUCUUUACCCAAUACCUCAAGCCCCCCCGCCCCUACAUCGCCAACCCCACCUCAGUCCAGCUCAGUUUCUCAGCAUCCCUUGUCCAGUCCCCCAGUGCUCUGCCAAGUGUUCCCUGUUAAUGGGCAGACUGGGAUUAUCUCUGCAUUUGUACAGACUCCAGUUCAGGUACAGGCCAAUGGGCCUAAGCCCAUUCUUCCUCAGUCCACAUCAUUCACCCAGCCACUGCUGGUGGGCUCCCCUGUGCCUCAGGGCACUGUGAUGUUUGUGGUCCCACAGACCCCCGUGACUCAGGCACCCCCGUGCCAACAGAAUGUGGUUACCCUUGGCAACACCAAACUCCUACCCCUGGCACCUGCGCCGGUGUAUGUGCCCUCUGGCCAAGGCGGAAACACCGCACAUGCUGACUUCUCCCGUCGACGAAACUACGUGUGCAAUUUCCCGGGGUGUAAGAAGACAUACUUCAAGAGCUCCCAUCUGAAGGCUCAUCUCAGGACCCACACAGGUGAGAAACCCUUCAGUUGCCAUUGGGAAGGCUGUGACAAGAAAUUUGCCCGCUCGGACGAACUCUCUCGACACCGCCGAACGCACACAGGUGAAAAGAAAUUUGUUUGCCCUGUCUGCGACCGCCGGUUUAUGCGAAGUGAUCACCUGACCAAACACGCGCGCCGUCACAUGACCACAAAGAGGUCAUCCGCAUGGUCAGCAGAAAUUCGUGACCAUAACAAAACACCCUCUUGCCAACAAGCACCAUCAACCAGUCCCUCUCUGCCUCUCAGCGUACUGGUGCCAGCUGCCUCCAAAUAGGUCCUAGCGUAAGGGUACUGGGGCCACCUCAGGACUACAUCCCUUCUGACCACGUUAUGGGAGAAAUUCAACAAAAGGCUGCUACAUAUUCAUGGAC